AUGUCGUCGUCGCCGGGCGAGUCGUCGACCAAGUGGUCGUCGGACCGCUUCUUCCAGACCCAGGCACCACCCCCCAACCUCGACCAGAUCUCCAAGUCCACCUCGGAGUUCAUCCAGCGUCACGUCGCCGAGGGCAGGAAGGUCGUUCUCGUAACCAGUGGAGGAACCACGGUGCCGCUCGAGAAGAACGUGGUCCGCUUCCUCGACAACUUCUCCGCCGGCACCCGCGGCUCGGCGUCGGCAGAGUACUUUCUCUCGGCGGGCUACGCCGUCAUCUUCAUGAGCCGGCAACACAGCCUCGCCCCCUACACCCGACACUACAGCCACACGACCAACCCCUUCUUUGACCUACUCGCCGACCCGGUCAGCCACCUGCCAUCGCAAGAGGAGGCCGGAGCUCAGGACGAGGGCGACGUCAUCCGCGUCCUGCCACAGCACGUCGACCACCUCCGCCCCGUCCUCCAGGCCUACCUCAACACGCGGCAAUCUGGCCUCCUGCACACCGUCUCGUUUGUCACCGUCAAUGAGUACCUCUGGCUCCUGCGCGCCCUCAGCAAGCUCAUGCAGCCGCUGGGACGCAAGGGCAUGUACUACCUCGCCGCCGCCGUCAGCGACUUUUUCAUCCCCUCGACGAGCGUGCCCGAGCACAAGAUCCAGUCCGGCAAGGGCUCCCUUGUCAUUGAAAUGGACCAGGUGCCCAAGGUGCUCAAGCCGAUGGUCGAAAAGUGGGCGCCGGAAGGCUUCGUCGUCAGCUUCAAGCUCGAGACCGACCCGAACCUGCUGAUCCCCAAGGCCGUCACCGCGCUAGAACGGUACGGGCACCAGCUGGUGAUCGGCAACGACCUCAACCGGCGAAAGUUUGAGGUCGUCUUCGUGGAGCGCAAGAACCACCGGACCAAGGCGGAGCGGGAGCUCGAGGCGUCCCAGGGCGACGGGACGAUAGAGGCCGACGAGUUCACGUCGACGUGGAUGAGGCUGGGCGCGUCGCCGGAACAGCCGUCGCUCUCGAGCUCCGCGUCCGCCACCGCGACCGCGACCUCGACCUCGACGGCGGUGCCCAACGGCGGCGGCAAAGGCGGCGAGAGAGAGCUGGAAGAGGACAUCGUCCGCGAACUCUGCCGGAGGCACGAUGCGUGGAUCGAAAAGGAGGGAAACAGCCUCGCCAGCUCCGUCGUCCUCGACCCCUCGGCGGGCGGCAGCGGGGCCGGGAAAGGCGACGAAAAGGCAGAAGGUAGACCAAAGAUCUAG